CAGUAACUUAGAGCCAAGAAGGCUGUCAUCGCAGACUUGCUUCAGCCCUUUUCAGCCCUUGUUCAAUACCAGCAAAUCCUGGCCAGAAUCCCGGAGGCCAGCGAUCUAAAUACUUCGGCCGUCCGAUUCCCAACCUACAGUCUUACCUCGACCUUUCAACUGGAUCAAACAAAAAAAAACGAUGUCAACCAGCACCACCGCCAAGCCCCCUCCCAGGGCAACCACAACCUCUAGGUCUCCCGCCUACCCACUCACGAAACCCUACCUCAUCCUCUACAACGCCCUCAACUUCACCCUCUGGGCCACCUGCACCGUCCAGGGCCUCACCCACCUCGCAACCGGCACCCCGCUGCCCCUCAUCUUCCAGAAAGUCUACCCGCUCCUACUCAUCACGCAGUCCCUCGCCCUCCUCGAGAUCCUGCACAGCCUAGCGGGCCUCGUGCGCGCGCCCGUCACCACCACCGUGAUGCAGGUCGCCAGCCGCAUCCUCCUGGUCUGGGGGAUCAUGUAUCCCUUCCAGGGGCGGAUCGUCGGCGGCACCGCGACUGCGGUCACGCAGACCGGCGACUACGCGUUCCUGGGCUGCCUGACCGCCUGGGGCGUCACCGAGUGCAUCCGGUACGGGUUCUUCGUCUGCCAGGUGUCCGGGCUCGGGGUGCCAGGGUGGUGGGCGUGGCUGCGCUACAAUACGUUCUACGUGCUGUAUCCGUUGGGCAUCAGUAGUGAGUGUGUGAUGGUCGUGCAGGCGUUGGCGCCGGCGGCGGACGAGGUAAGUUCCGCGUAUUGGUGGUUUUUGGUGGUCGUGCUGGGGGUUUAUGUGCCUGGCUCGUAUAUUCUCUACACGCAUAUGAUUGCUCAGAGACGCAAGGCGUUGAAGAAGAAUUAAUGGGUUGGUUGUGGUGUGGUUGUGGUGUGGUUGUGGUGUGGUGUGGGUUGGUCUGUUUGGGGGGGACACCGAGAUUUGCCGGAGAGUACCGUACGGAGGACUGUACACUGCAUGUAUCAAGUGGUUUCACGAGAAUAAGGCGGCGCUGCGCCGUACUGUUGUGCAACAGCACAGAAAGUGGGUGGCGUUGCAUGUUAGACUACCUAGGUAGGUUUGGGAUGAUGUGUAUGUUAAGGUUUCAUGAAUAGAUAUCAUAUGUACUGUAUAUGUAGG